UAUUUAUGGAACAAAAAGAUGAUUCCAAAACAUACAAACUACUUGUAAAUUGCUCCUUAGCGUUGCUUAUUCUGUUUAAUAGGCGACGAAUUGGUGAUGUCCAAUUCCUGAAAAUUGGAGAUUAUAAAAAAGACCAGCGCAGUAAUUCUGUUCCAGAAUUUGAAAAUGCAUUAUCAAAAACGGAACGAAUGCUAACUACCAAAUAUAAACGUGUAUUAAACAGCGGAAAAGGCUCUAGGGCUGUAGUUAUUUUAUUUCCGGAGAUUCUACAAAAUUAUGUAAAUAUACUACUGAACAAUAGAGAAAAGUAUAUUCCUUCAGAUAAUGAUUACGUUUUUGCUAUUCCCGGGAGCAGCAUUCCUUGGGGCAAAGGAGACGUUGCCAUUCGAUCUCUUGCAAGUAAAAUGAAUCUGGAGAACCCACAUGUAAUGACAAGUAACAAAUUGAGAAAGCAUAUAGCAACUGUAAUGCAAAUACUUAGUUUAUCUAAGGACGAAGCCAGGCAAUUCUCGCAAUUUAUGGGUCACACAGAAAAAACACAUCAAGAAUUUUACGAGUUACCGGUAGAUAUUUAUCAAACCGCAAAGGUGUCCAAGAUUUUACUCAUGAUGGAAAAAGGGACAAUUCCUGUAGACUACAAAGGAAAGUCACUAGCUGAAAUAAAUUUUGACUUGAAUUUGGAAUAUGCUGAAGAAAAUAAUGAUGCUGAUGACGAUGGUGAAAUACUUCUGAAUAACUCAGUACAUGUGACUUCUGAAGAAAUGUUUGAGUCGGCGGGGCCCUCCAACAACCACUUUGUGAGAAAGGAAAAUAAGAAAAUUGAGUCUUCUACUGAAAUUGAAAACGAUGGCCUUUAUGACCUAUCUAACAAAAGAACAGCCAGAAUUCCCAAACGUAGGACUAUUGCUACAAAACCAGAUUCCGAUACUGAUGAAAGCAGUGAUGACGAUAUUGGUAGCCUUGCUGUAAAACCAAUCUCUAAAAAUAUGAAAGGUCCAAAAAGUAUAAACAAAAAAGAAGCCAGAAUUCCUAAACGUAGGACGAUCGAUACAAAAACAGAUUCCGAUACUGAUAUAAGCAGUGAUGACGAUAUUAGCAGCAUUGCUGAAAAACCAAUAUCUAAAAAGAAGAGAGGCCCAAAAACUAUAACCAAAAAAGGAUGGACUACAGCUGAAGUUGAGGCUCUACAGUCGGAAUUUGGUUCAAGCAUAAGGAAAAAAGUAUAUUCAACAGGACAACAAAUAAAAGAUUUCAUACUGAAGAAAAAUAUAAGUCGAACCGUUACAGUUAUAAAAUCGAAACUACAACAUCUUAUGAAACUUGGGAAUAAAAAUUAG